CGACGAGGAGGAGGGAGGGGGGAGGAGGGAAGGGGGAGGAGAGCGGAGGGGCCGCCCGAGGAGGGCGGGGAGGAGCGCUCUUCCUGGUUGGGCCCUGCCCUGAGCUGCCACCAGGGAAGCGAGUCGCAGGGACCGCAGCGACCCUCCCAGACACUCCUCCCCCAGGAUGGCUGAGGAGAUCAUCACCCCAAUAUACUGCACCGGGGUGUCUGCACAAGUGCAGAAGCACCGGGCCAAGGAGCUGGGCCUGGGCCGCCAUGAAAACGCCAUCAAGUACUUGGGCCAGAAUUAUGACCAGCUGCAGGCUCAGUGCCUGCAGAGUGGGGUCCUCUUUCGUGAUGAGGCCUUCCCCCCAGUGCCCCAAAGCUUGGGCUUUAAGGAACUGGGCCCCAACUCCUCCAAAACCUAUGGCAUCAAGUGGAAGCGUCCCACGGAGCUGUUCUCAAACCCCCAGUUCAUCGUGGAUGGAGCUACCCGCACAGACAUCUGCCAGGGAGCCCUGGGGGACUGUUGGCUGCUGGCUGCCAUCGCCUGCCUCACCCUCAACGACACCCUCCUGCACCGAGUGGUUCCUCAUGGCCAAAGCUUCCAGAAUGGCUAUGCUGGCAUCUUCCAUUUCCAGCUGUGGCAGUUUGGGGAGUGGGUGGACGUGGUCGUGGAUGACCUGCUGCCCACCAAGGACGGGAAGCUGGUGUUCGUGCACUCUGCCCAAGGCAACGAGUUCUGGAGCGCCCUGCUCGAGAAGGCCUAUGCCAAGGUGAACGGCAGCUAUGAGGCCCUCUCGGGGGGCAGCACCUCAGAGGGCUUUGAGGACUUUACAGGCGGGGUCACCGAGUGGUACGAGCUGCGCAAGGCGCCCAGCGACCUCUACCACAUCAUCCUCAAGGCGCUGGAACGAGGCUCCCUGCUGGGCUGCUCCAUUGACAUCUCCAGUGUUCUGGACAUGGAGGCCGUCACCUUCAAGAAGCUGGUGAAGGGCCAUGCCUACUCUGUGACUGGGGCCAAGCAGGUUAACUACCAGGGCCAGAUGGUGAGCCUGAUCCGGAUGCGGAACCCCUGGGGCGAGGUGGAGUGGACAGGAGCCUGGAGUGAUGGCUCCUCGGAGUGGAACAACGUGGACCCUUACGAACGGGAGCAGCUCCGGGUCAAGAUGGAGGACGGAGAGUUCUGGAUGUCAUUCCGAGACUUCAUGCGUGAGUUCACCCGCCUGGAGAUCUGCAACCUGACGCCUGACGCGCUCCAGAGCCGGAAGUUCCGCAAAUGGAACACCACGCUCUACGAGGGCACCUGGCGGCGGGGGAGCACGGCGGGGGGCUGCCGGAACUACCCAGCCACCUUCUGGGUGAACCCUCAGUUCAAGAUCCAGCUGGAGGAGCCAGAUGACCCGGAUGACGACUACGGGGGCCGCGAGUCAGGCUGCAGCUUCGUGCUCGCCCUCAUGCAGAAGAACCGCCGCCGCGAGCGCCGCUUCGGCCGCGAUAUGGAGACCAUUGGCUUCGCGGUCUACGAGGUCCCUCGGGAGCUGGUGGGCCAGCCGGCCGUGCACCUGAAGCGGGACUUCUUCCUGGCCAACUCGUCGCGGGCCCGAUCGGAGCAGUUUAUCAACCUGCGCGAGGUCAGCACCCGCUUCCGCCUGCCGCCCGGGGAGUACGUGGUGGUGCCGUCCACCUUCGAGCCCAACAAGGAGGGCGACUUCGUGCUACGCUUCUUCUCGGAGAAGAAAGCCGGGACCCAGGAGCUGGACGACCAGAUCCAGGCCAAUCUCCCUGAUGAGCAAGUGCUGUCAGAACAGGAGAUUGACGAGACCUUCAAGAACCUCUUCAGACAACUGGCAGGGACGGACAUGGAGAUCAGCGUCAGGGAGCUGCAGACCAUUCUCAACAGGAUCAUCAGCAAACACAAAGACCUGCGGACCAAGGGCUUCAGCCUGGAGUCGUGCCGCAGCAUGGUGAACCUCAUGGAUCGGGACGGCAACGGGAAGCUGGGCCUGGUGGAGUUCAACAUCCUGUGGAACCGCAUCCGGAAUUACCUGUCCAUCUUCCGGAAGUUUGACUUGGACAAGUCGGGCAGCAUGAGCGCCUACGAGAUGCGGAUGGCCAUCGAGUCUGCAGGCUUCAAGCUCAACAAGAAGCUGUAUGAGCUCAUUAUCACCCGCUACUCGGAGCCCGACCUGGCCGUGGACUUUGACAACUUCGUGUGCUGCCUGGUGCGGCUGGAGACCAUGUUCCGGUUUUUCAAAACUCUGGACACAGAUCUGGAUGGAGUCGUGACCUUUGACUUGUUUAAGUGGUUACAGCUGACCAUGUUUGCCUGAGGCGGGGCCAGGCCCCCUUGCUGCGCCCCUCUCCCUUUCUCGUCUGCCAAGCCAUGCCUUCCCGCCAUGCCACACCAGGCCACACCAGCUGCAAGUGCCUUUCUCGGAGCAGGAAGCGGCCUCAUCCUCCUGUCCCUCACCUCCCAGGCGCCGCGGUUCCUCUGCGCGGGCAGAGCCGUGUGGCCCUCCCUGCCUCCAGCGGCCGCGAGCUCAGGAUGGACUCUGCUGUUCCCUCCCAUCCCAUCGCCAAGCCAGGAAGGCAGCUUUUGCUUGUUCCUGCCUCAGGAUGGGGCUCCAGGGGUAGCUGACAGCCCCAGGCCUCUCGGCAUCCUGAUGUGUCGCCUCCCCUCACUCCCAAGGCCACCCCCCAGCCCACCCACCUGGCCUCACCUGCGGACUUUAAACGUAACCACUAACCCUGCGCAGUCCGCGUCUAUGUGUGUGGAGCCCCCUCCCCGAGGCUGGGAACACCUGUUCCUUCCUGUGCAGCAGCCACUACCCCCCUCGGCCUGCCCCCCAGCCCUGCCUGCCAACCAGGAGCCACCUGGCCUGGAGGAUGGUCAGCUGUUCGCCCCCUCCCUCCCUCCCUCCUUUUUUAUAUUGGUGAUUUUAAAGGGGACUCUUCAGGCACUGGUGUACCAGUUAUGGGGGGUGCCAGAGGUACCUGGGUAUGGGGGGGGCGGGUCUCAUGUUUCCAUGCAGAGAAACCCCACAUAAUAAAGGAAAAGGCCCCCC